AGCGAUAGGAAGUUUGUAGAGGGCGGAUAUGCUACUGGCUAAACUGCUUAGCUUCAGUGCUUGCGUCUUCUCUGGAGAGUGGAGUAGCAUGGAGGGAACCGGGAUUACAGAGAGCCGCCAUGGUGCACACAGAACGGGGAGAAAAAUACGACCAGCAGCUCCUCCACCAAAGGUAUUCUGUGGAUAAAACAUUUUCUGGGGCCAGUAAUGUGGACAAAGCUGAGACGGUCAGGUUAGCAGUAGUGGCAUGUGGGCCCAGGCUGGAGGAGACUCUAACCAUGCUGAAGUCUGCUGUUCUUUUUAGCCGCAAAACUCUACACUUUUACAUUUUUGCUGAGGAUGACCUCCACACUGGUUUUAAAGAUGCUCUGGAGUCAUGGCCAGCGAGAUUCCGUUCGAAGUUUAACUACACCACCUACCCAAUCACGUUUCCUAGUGACAACGCCAAGGAGUGGAAAAGACUGUUCAAACCCUGUGCCUCCCAGAGGCUUUUUCUGCCUCUGAUUCUGACUGAGGUGGAUUCUCUACUCUAUGUGGACACAGACAUCCUGUUCUUGCAGCCAGUAGAAGAGAUUUGGCAUUUUCUCUCACAGUUUAACAGCAGUCACAUAGCGGCCAUGGCGCCGGAACACGAGGAGCCUCGAAUCGCCUGGUAUAACCGCUUUGCACGCCACCCGUACUACGGCACGACUGGAGUCAACUCUGGAGUCAUGCUCAUGAAUAUGACACGCAUCCGAGCCAAGCAGUUCAAGAAUGACAUGACUUCAGUUCAUCUAAAAUGGACAGAUUUGCUGAUGCCACUACUACAGAAAUACAAGCUUAACAUUACAUGGGGGGACCAAGAUCUUCUCAAUAUCAUAUUCCACUAUAACCCAGAGAGCCUCUUUGUGUUCCCAUGCCAUUGGAACUAUCGUCCAGACCACUGCAUCUAUGGCAGCAACUGUGCUGCUGCUGAAGAACAUGGUGUUUACAUUUUUCAUGGCAAUCGAGGUGUUUAUCAUGACGACAAGCAGCCUGCAUUCCGAGCCAUUUAUGAAGCCAUUCACAAUUACCCAUUUGAAGAAGACCCUGUUCAUUUUCUACUUCAACCUCUGGAGGAAAAGCUAAAGAAUACCAUGCAUACUUACUGUGGAAGAUCCAGUCACCUUUUCACUAAGAAAUUACAAGCAAGCAUCAGAAGCCUACAGAAAGACAAUCUCAAUGCCAGAUAAUCACACCCAGUCAAACUUGCGCGAGCUAGGCAGACAUGCAGUAUUGGUAAGGAUCCUUGUGCCUUGCUUGCUGGAAAACUGGAUAAUUGUGGUGGUACUUAGACUUCCAUAUAAAUGAUAAGUAGGUUAAAUGAGGCACUGAAAUCACUUUGAUGUUUAAUCAAAAUGAGCCUAGUGAAGAGAUUCUGACAGUCACACGUUCUUGUUCUUGCAUUUCAUAGAACAGCCUCUUUACUUCAGUAAAAGCUAACUAGCUAGUGAUUAAGCUGAGAAAGAAGCAAUCAAACAGUAAAAUCCUCAUGCUAUAAAAAGAAGAAAUGAAUUUUACCAGUUUUAAAUGCUUAACUAAA